CGGACGAGCGACGCAACUGAGAGAGAAGGUCGAAUUCGCAGCGUCUUCGAAUUCCAUCCUCCGACCGCGAGUGGAUCGGAUGCUUCAGCGGAAAUGAGGGCCAAGGCUCGGAAAAAAUCUCUCUCGAAGCCUUCUGCCACCUCCGCGACGUCGGUACCUUCGUCCGAUCAGUCUAGAAAUCCAUGCUGUCCAGAGAGUGUAGCCAACCAAGAGGAUAAUGUGCCCAGAACAAAUGAAUGUAAUGACAGAGUUGAGCAGCAUGGAGAAAAGGACCCCAAUACCAACGCUGCGAAGAUUUUAACUGUUGAAAAAUCCCAAAACGGAGGUUUUCAAAAUAUAUCUAGUCAAGAAAGUAUGGACAUUCAUAUAUUGGAAAAGGGGACUUGUUUAACAUGUAAUAGACAUGGCCAAUUGCUAGUCUGUACUGAGCCUAGCUGCCCAAUUUCUAUCCAUGAGAAGUGCCUGAGCAGCAAACCUCAAUUUGAUAAUUUGGGGAACUUCUAUUGCCCUUAUUGUUCAUACAAAAGAGCGGUGGCUAAGGUUUAUGAGUUGAGAAGAAAAGCCAUGUUGCGCAAAGAGCCUUUAUCCAAUUUUCUUGACACUGGGGUAGUUGAUGAGGGGCAGAAGGAGCAGAAUAGUGGGAAGGAUAAGGGGAAAGACUUCAAUGUAUCUCCAUCUCCAGGACACGACAGUCUCCAUGAUGAUGUGAGUAAAGAAAACACUGAAGGGCAACAUCAAUCUGAUCCUGUAAAUCCCGUGUACAGUAAACAUGAAGCACGGGUCGAAAAUCAAACAGAUAAAUCACCUCCUAGUGUCCAUGGUCAGAGAAAUUUAGUCCAUGAAGAAGGGUUGCAAGAAGAGGAAUUGAGAGAAUCUAUUGAUAACCGCUGCAAGGAAGUUCUGGAUCAAGAGAAAGCAGAGACGGCUGAUGAUCAUCCUUUAGAAGAAGCGGCAGCUGAGGAUGCUGUACCGUCUAAAUCUUCUGUAGGAAAAAGGCAUCGUAAAAGUAUUCGCAGAAGUCAAGGGCUAAGUAAGAAAAGAAAACGGAGGAAGUUCCAAUCAAUUGAUGCUACUGCAUCUUCAAUUCAAGGAGAUUUUACCACUGAUGUGAACCCAGAAGCAAAUAUAGGAGGUGAAGUAUGUGAUUCGGAUGCCGGGGCUGGUUCCAUGAACAAUGGACAUUCUCCAAGUGCAAAACCUCAAAGCAAGGCACCAGUGGAGGAGUUUGUUUCACCAAGAAAAGGUUCCUCUGGAGCUGGCAUGAGUAUCAUCAACCAGAAAGAUUCCCAUGAUGGUAAGAAGAAAGUCGCUCUUGCUGAAAAGUCAAGACAACGACAGUCUCCCAGGAAGUUACCAAAGCCACCACUUCCCAAUGUAAAGCGCCGAUUAAGAUGGUCACCUGAAGAAGAGGAGAUCCUAAAGGAAGGAGUGCGGUUAUUCUCAAGCGAUGUGAACAAGAAUAUCCCUUGGAGGAAAAUCCUGGAAUAUGGUUGUCGGGUUUUCAAUCCAAGUCGCACACCUGUUGAUCUCAAGGAUAAAUGGAAGAACAUCACUACCAGAAGAGAUUGAUAUCAGUCGGUAGUUUUUGAAGAGGGCAGAAGUCAUUCAGAAGACGCGGUGUUUUACUACUAUCUUCUUCCACCCUCCUAUGUCUCCAUGAGGAUUUUGGUGGGGGAGGCCUCUCUCCUAGCUCUGGACGGCAGUAUUUGUACAUAACUCCCUUAUGGUAAAAAUGGAAGUCCUUUCACUGAGGCCAUUAUAGAUAUGGCAUCAUGACUUCCGAUGCGGUUCUCUAGUUGGGCGUUUCUUAACUUCCCAUGCAAGUAGUAAGAGUUUGAGGAUUCUUUCUUCUUCAGAUUUGAAGUGCGGAUGUCCUAGGCCAUUGAGAAUCAUGUUCAUGAAAAAUGGUCGGAUUGGAUGGAUUAGCUUUUAUGUUUUAUCUGGACUGCUACAAUUGGUGGAUUAGUUCAAUUCCAUCUCGAAAGAAUGAACAGGAGUCAAAGAUUUCUUGCC